GACGAUGAAGAUGACGAUGAACAGAGGAGCAAGCAGUCGGGCAUCCUCAAUAUGAAUGAUGGAAACUUCCACAAACUUGUAACGGACGGUCGACACUUCAUCAAAUUUUUCGUUCCACGGUGUUCACACUGCAAGCAGCUGGAACCAAUCUGGAAAAACCUGGCCGACAGUUUGGAUCAAGUGGAGAGGAGUGCAGUUACGAUCGCACAGGUUGAUUGCACGGAAAGCAUUGAGACCUGUCGUGAGAAUGACAUCAAAGGCUAUCCGACCAUCAUCCUAUACGAUGAUGGCAGUCGAGUCGGGGCCUACACAGGAGCUAGAGACCUGAUCAGUAUGAAAAAUUAUCUAUCUACCCUUCCGUUCAAGCCAAAGAAUCUCAUAGUAGAGUUGACGGGCCCUGAUCUAAGCGGGUACCUAGACCCUCGAGGUAGCGUCAUAGUCAGAUUCUACGACCCCCACUGUCCAAACUGCAAGGACAGUUUCAGCGUCUGGAAGGAUGUCGUCGCGACAGUUAGCAGAACCGAAAGUUACAAAGCAGAGACUUUACAGGUGAAUUGUAAGGAGCACGACGAUGUCUGUAAAACGGCCAAUGUCCUUCAAGUGCCAACCAUCAUCUUCUACAAAGGAACCAAAAAGUUGGAUAUAUAUAGAGGAUCUCAUAAGAGUCUAUCAGACCUGCUCUCAUUCAUUCAUCAACUCCACGACAAGACCAUUGAUGAUGAUGACGAUGAUGAUGACGAUGAUGUUGGUGGCGGUCAUGGUAAUGAUGCUGAUGAUGAUGAGGGGGGAGAAACUCGCGUCGGUGUAUCAGGGAAUAAGCUCGUUAGGACGUUGGAUAUGAGGACGGUUGAUGGUCAACUGGCGACCAGUAAGUAUGUCUUCAUCAAAUUCUACGUGCCUUGGUGUGAAUUCUGCAAACACCUGUCUCCCACCUGGAUGGAACUGGCCUUCAGGUCACGAAAGGUCAAGAACGUCGUCAUCGCAGAGGUCAACUGCGCCGACCAGAAGCACCUGUGCGAUCGUUACGAUAUCAGAGGUUACCCCACGAUGCUAUUAAUACUGAAUGGAAAAACCCUGGAUAUGUACACUGGCUCGCAUGAGGUCAGCGACCUGCACGACUACCUGGUGAUGAUGAUGAAGUACGAUGGGAGCAACAUUAGCCACUACAGCGUCGGUGAGAAGCGCAUCAACGUGAGUGAUGACGACGACAACGACGACGAUGAUGACGGUGGUUAUGAUAACGAUUAUAGAUAUUUCGGUGGGAGUGAUGAUGAUGAUGAUGAUGAUGGUGGUGGUGGUUAUCACUAUAGAGAUGGAAGGAAUGAAUUGUAGGGUGAGUGCUGCUUGAGGGUGUGAUGAUGAUUUGGUGAAAUGGCAGGGGCAAGAAUGAUGAUUAGGAUGAUGAUGAUGGUGAUGAAGGUUUUAAUAAAAAUAUUGCAAAGAUAUCAUUAACAUUAGUGAAAAUUAUGAUGUUAUGGUGAUAACGAGUGCGAUUAUGGUGAUGAUGGUGGUUAUUAAAAAUUUAAAUUUAACGUUGAAGAAGUCGAAGCUGUCCAGUGUCCACUAUUUGACCAUGCUGGCACCUCAGAGUGUCCAUUUUAUACGCAUUUUAUUGAUUUAUGGUUUAUAUUUUGAGAUUAAGACGUUAAACUAUGGUUUAUAACUUUAUAUUAUUUUGUCAAUUUGUAUCUAUUAGUGUUAAUUUGGCUGUUAAUGUGAUGGUUUUUUUUCCUACUUUGCAAUACCGGGUAAAUUAUUUUGUUAAAUUUUUGACCGAAGUGCUUCAGACGUUUGUAAUUUUUUGUGUGUCUGAGAUUAGUUGAAAUUCCUUAUUCGCAUUUCAAAUAAAUGUUUUUUUGAGUUUAUUUUUGAUGGAUGCGUGUUAAUUUAAUAAUGUUAUGGCGUUGGUGGAAUUUGUGAGAAGAAAUUUAUUUUUGA